AUGUCCAUGACCCCCUCUCGUCCAUCAUCCAGCACCACAACAAGUACUACAAGUCCAGUGAAGCUCGAGCCGGCAAUCGAAAAUCUUCCGCUCGACAUCGAAGGUCUUGCAAACAAGAAUGACAACGAGCUUGUGGGCCUGGCAGGCAAGACUGCCCUGAAGGUAUUUUGUGCUCAUUAUGUGGUAGAGAUGGGUGGAUUGAAUCUCAAGGUCUUCCCAUGGAAGUCGAUGCAUGAGAAGCUGGCGACCAGCAGGUACCGGCUUGUCAACUAUCCUCCCAAUGUCUCGCUACCCUGGAGCCAUGACACUCGGAAAGGAAUUGAAAACCUCACCAAACCGGAGCUUAUAUCAUUGCUUCGCAGUUGCAGUGACUCGGGUGUGCCAAACAAACUGACGGUCAUCAAGGUUGAUGAUCACACGUUGCUGAACAACUCCAAAGUUCCCCUGAUCACUACAGCCCCAGAUCCACAUGGCAACACGUGCCAGUACUUUCUUCGUGAUGUACCGCCCAAGCCCAAGUCUGGAUUAAGGAGCAAGAAGGAUAAGAAGGGUAAGGCUGCCAAGUCUCGCCAGACGCGCUCCAAGGUUGUUAGGUUUGAUGAGGAUGAACUCUACUCAGAGCUUUCAGUAGAUUCGGACUCAGAGAUAGAGGAGAUACGUACUUCGAAGCCGGGUAAGACAACAUUUGACUGCUUUUAUAGCUUACGCUGA